AUGAAGGGAAGUAAAACAAGUAGGUUCAUGGAACAUCAGUUUCCGAAUUGGGAUUAUCACACAAGAUCAGUAAUUGAAGGCUGUCUGUUGAUAGUUUGGAGAAGGUUAUCUGUGAAAGUCAUUAUUUUAGAGGAAUCUACUCAAGCUGUUCAUUGUUUGGUGAAGAUGACUGGUGUGCAGCAGGUUUUUGGUGUUAAUUUUGUCUAUGGUUUUAAUUCGAUUGAAGGUAGGCGAAGUCUUUGGGAAGGGUUUCAAAGGCCUAUUCAUAUGGAUAAAGCUCGGUUAAUUUUAGGGGACUUUAAUGCCCCUUUUUCAGGCAAGGACAGAUCGGGAGGUGCUCAUGUUGAGCCUUUAAAAAGUGUUGGUUCUUAUUUUACUUGGACUAAUAACCAAGAUGGUGCAGCUAGGAUCUACUCUAAAAUAGACCAUGUUCUUAUCAAUGAAAAAUGGUUUGAUUUAUUUCCUCAGUCUACAGCCAUGUUUAGAUGGGAAAUCAUCUCAGAUCACUGCUCCUGUCUUGUGUUAAAAAGCUGGAGAACUCCGAUUAAAGCUACUGGUAUCAAAGCUGUUUAUCUCAAGUUGCUGAGACUCAAACAUUGUUUGAAAUCCUUUACUAUGGACAGAAUUGGUGAUCUAAAGGCUAAUUAUAAUAAGGCUAAAGAGGCUUAUCAAGAAGCUCAGAUGCAAGCUCAAGCUUACCCCCAUAGGAGUAAAAUAACUUGGCUGAGACAGGGAGAUUUGAACACCUCCUUCUUUUAUGCUUUUUUAAAGAAGCGUAAAGCAGAGAAUGGUAUUGUCUCGUUCAUAACAGAAGAAGAAUAUAGAGAUGGGUUCAAAGUUUCAGUUGAGCAGCAUGUGAUGCUUCUGAAACCGUUUUCUAAGAAGGAAAUUCGGGAGUCUUUGUUUAGCAUUCCAAUAACCAAAUCUCCAGGUCUUGAUGGGUUUGGUUCAGGUUUUUUCAAAGCUGUUUGGCAUGAUAUAGGGGAUGAGGUUGGUGCUGCUAUAUCUCAGUGUUUUGAAACUGGUCAUUUCCCUUCUGAGCUUACGAAACUACCUUAUCUUUGA